GUUGGAGAGCCGAACAAUCCUCAAUAUGACCUCAUUUACAGUGCAAUUUCUAUCACCCAUCGUAAAAAAACAUAUUGCUUUUGUGAAACUUGUUGAAAGAAGGAUAACGAGGUUAAAACUCCUGGUUUUAGAAAAAAAAUGUCUGACACAAGCAGAUUAAAGAGACUUAAUCUCUUUAGUUUUGAUCAGAAGGGAUUAGGAGGGAACCAGGAAAAUACCUGCUCGUAGAAAUUUUAAAACUAUAGGUUGUAUGGGUCUGUUGACUGCUUGUUGAAGGGAUUGUAACGAUUGUAGGACUUUGCGAUGUUUGCGGGUUGUUCUUGUGUUUGAAGAGUGAAGGUGGGCAUAUCUCGGAAAUAAUGGAUUGGCUCUCGGGCGAGUGACAGUUUGGCAGUAGAAGAGAUUGGGAUGAAAUCUAAUUUAUUAAUCAGCACCAACAUUUUAUGAAAUUUCUUGCAUGAAAUUUCUCAUCCUCCAACCAAAUCAAAAACUACCCUUAAACGCUCAUGUUAGGUUUAUGUUGAUAUAAGUGCAUCAGUUCUCAGAUUUCCACGUGGUAUGAAAUCUAUUUUUUUAUAUCAAAUCGUUUUUGCUUUAUCGACAGAUAAUCCUGGGAUCUGUUAAGCGUCUAAUUAGCUCACAACAACUUAAUUCCACAUACCAUUCACCUUCAACAUUAAAUAAAAGUCCCGCAGUAUGAAAUUUCGCAAGCUAGACAUCAGAUCAUCUCAGAAAACUGGCAUUUCAUAUUGCUGAAUGGUGAUGCACAAAUCUUCAGAUUUGAUGGAUGACCUUAAAUCGUGAAUUAGAUUAAUUUCCUUUUACCAUUAAAAUGUGUGACACAAAUAUAAAUGUAAUAGUUUUAAUUAAAUCUAACAAUGCAUAUACACAUAAAAAAGUCAUUAAAUGAAUCACGCAACCACUUGUACACGAUGGGACGAGGAAUAAUUUAUUUGAUUUUGCGUUCCACACUCGGACGGAUUCUACUGUUACACAAAGAUGGCAGCCUCCUGGGGCUUGUGAGAAAGCGUUUACUGUAAUGAGUUUAUUAAUAAAUCACCGCACGGAGCUUUGCAGUUCAUUGCUAACAGCCGUGAAUUUACUUUGAUCUUGCGUUUGCUGCUCCUCGUAAUAAGCCAGGAUACGGCUAUAUAUUCGAGUGCUUUUAUUUAUUUUUAUCGUCAAUUUAAAACAUGUUUGCUAAGGCUUUCCGAGUAAAAUCCAACACUGUAAUCAAGGGAUCUGACAGGAGAAAAUUAAAGGCAGACCUGUCCAGCGCCUUCCCAGCUCUGUCUGCUGUGCAGCUGUCUGAACUGGUCCCCAGCAAAGAGGAGCUCAACAUGGUGAAGAUCUAUGCACAUCGAGGGGAUGCCAUGACUCUGUAUGUCUUGCACAAAAACCCCAUAUUCUUUGAGCUGGAGAAACAGCUUUACCCUACAGUGUACACCCUGUGGCACUACCCCGAUCUCCUGCCUGCUUUCACUACAUGGCCAGCGGUGCUCCAGAAACUGGCAGGUGGAGCAGAUCUGAUGCUGCCGGGGGUUGUGGUGCCCCCUUGUGGUCUCCCGGAGGUGCAGCAGGGGGAGCGAUGCGCUAUCAACCUGGUGAGGAACAGAGCGCCAGUAGCCGUGGGCACGGCCACCAUGCCCAGUGCGGAGAUGCAGCGCGCAGGGAUGAAGGGGAAGGGGGUGGCGGUCCUGCACGCCUACAUGGACCAGCUGUGGGGUUUUGGCGACAGGUCCGGCCCGCCAUCCAUCCCCCCACUGGUCCCAGAGCCCCCCGGGAGUGAGGAGGAGGAGGCAGGAAGCCAGGGGGAGGAGGAGGAGGAAGAGGGGGUGCCUUGUGCCAGCAGGGACGAGGACCCGGGUGCGGACACGCCGUGCCAGGCUCUGCGAGACCUGCAGCUCUCCGGGGGCCAGGAUGGGGAGGCAGAGGGCGACACAAGCGAGUGCCCAGAAGACGGGCAGGAGGAGGCGGACAGCAGGUCUCCCCAAGAGCAAAUGGACGCCUUGCUGCUGCAGUGUUUCCUUCACGCUCUGAAAAGCAAAGUGAAGAAGUCUGAGCUCCCCCUGCUGGCCAGCUCCUUCCUUCGCAAUCACAUGUUCUCCUGCUGCCCAGGUGGGAAGCAGCUAGACCUGAAGAAGUCCAGCUACAAAAAGCUGUCCAGGUUUCUGCAGUGCAUGCAGCAGGAGCACGGGCUGAUCCAGGUGAAAGAGCUCAGUAAAGGUGUUGACAGCAUUGUGGAUGUGGACUGGUCGCACUCAGAGCUGCGCUCUUUCGCUGUGCCCACAGACCGUGAAGCAGAGGACUGUCCCCAGGAGAGCUGUGGGGACGCCAGCCCAGCCAGGUCAUACCGACCCCCAGAGAUCAGCACUCUGUACGGCGUCUCUGCCAGGAUGGAGCCUCUCUUCAAAGACACCCAACACAGAAAGGGGGCAGCGCUGUCCGCGGGGGACGUAAGAGCAAUCAUCACGGACUACGUGAAGAGAAAUGAGCUGGUGGACGAGAACAACAAGAACUACGUCACAGUAAAUCCUACCCUCUGCGACUGCCUGCUGGACAAAUCGGAGUACCAGUUGGUUGACAAACUAAAAUGGGAUAGCCUUUUUGCCAGGUGCCUGGAGAGGAUGCAGCCGUGCCACCAGCUGCUGUUCCCAGGACAGCAGCCCAUUGUGAAGAAGGGCCACAUGGAGCCCAUUGACAUCACAGUGGCCUCCAGGGGCUCCAAUAAGAAGGUGACCCUGAUCAAGAACCUGGAGGCGUACGGCCUGGACCCCCACGACGUGGCCACCCAGCUGCAGCACUGGGUCCAGGCCAGCUCCGGCAUCAAUCCGCUUCCGGGCUCAAAGGACAAAGUGCAGGUCCAGAUCCAGGGGAACCAGAUCGCUCGGGUCGGAAAGCUGCUGUUAGAGGACUACAAGAUCCCACGCAAGUUUAUCCAGGGGCUUGAUAAAGUCCCCAAGCCCAGCAAGAAGAAAUGAGAGACAGCGCCCGUCUGAUUUGACCCACAGCAAUAAAGACAUGCACAAAGGACACGCUCUGCUGUAGUAAAUAAAAGUCCCGUUUUACUUUUGCAAA